GGAAUUAAUACGAUCUGCGGUGAUUUUUUAGUCUCCGAUGUUACCUACCGCCACUUCGUCAUGCUGGAAGAAGGCCUGCCUGAGUUGAAGCUUGUUUGUCUAAAAGCUGAAGACGAUGACGGAUAGGCAGAAGGCAUCUGCUUCAGCAGAGACGAUGGAGUUCUAUCAAUCGCUAUGCCACACCGGUUGAGCACAUUGUUAUCGAGCAUGGCUGGGGACGCCGUGUCCGAGGUGAGGGCAUCUCCGCAGCCCCAAGACCAAUCAGCAUAAAUGCCGUUUGACUGGUGGUAUCGUUGAUCGCCAAGGACAUUCCCUAUUGCGAUGUACCCGACGCCUCAUCAUGCACCGUCGGGGAGUUCGCUCACUGCAGAUCGGCCUUACUUGUGUUAGCGUCCAAGGUCUGGUACUACCGUUGCUGCCUCUCUUCCAUGGACGGGUACUUUACUCCAGCCGUUUCUUUACUUUGAGUGUUAUUCUCGCCAUGAUCUUCUCUCUCAUCCUGCUCCUCCACUGUAUCAUCAUCCAAUUUCCUGCUUGCAUUGAGUAUCACGGUUAGCGAUAGCGUGCAUCAUCAUGGACAAGACAUCUACGCUAGAAGACUCAGAGCUUCAGACCUCCCGCACGCCAAGCAGACGGCCUUGGCUCGCAUCAGCCUUUGGAGGCCCCAACGUCACAAUUGGCCCGCGAAUCGAACCCCUCGCCGAGCACUUGGCACAUGUAUCCGAAAGCGACAGCACCGCAGCUGAAGAUCUCGUCGACAAGCAAGUCGCUUCCGAAGCGGGAAAUGCUAUUCAGUACAGGACAUGUUCUUGGCAAAAGACUGCAGGGCUGCUCUUUAGCGAGUACAUUGUGCUCUCUAUUAUGAGCUUCCCUUGGUCAUAUAGUCUUCUGGGUCUUGUGCCUGGAUUGAUCUUGACGGCUGUCAUUGCUGGGCUUGUUCUGUAUACGAGUCUUGUGCUGUGGGAGUUCUGUUUGCGACAUCCUGAGGUUAGAGAUGUGUGCGACAUUGGGCAGAUGAUCUGGUGGAAUAAGAGAUGGGCGUGGUGGUGGACAGCAGUGAUGUUUGUCCUGAACAAUACCUUCAUUCAAGCUCUGCAUGUAUUGGUCGGUGCAAUCUACCUCAACACAAUGACCGAGGCCGAUUCCAUCGCGGGAUGCAGAACCGUUGCAUUCGCUGCAGUAGUCACGGUGAUCAGCUGGAUCGGGUCCCUUCCUCGCACCUUUAGCAUGCUGUCAAAGCUUGGCUUUGCCUCGACGUUUUUUACAUUCAUCUCGGUCAUCUUGGCAACGGCUUUUGCAGGCGCCCAGGGUAAGCCCGCUGGUUAUCCUGAGAUGGGCGAACCGAUAAUCUCAAUCUGGACACCAAAGACCACGACACUUGUUACUGGUAUGUCGGCUUUCAUGAACAUGAGUUAUACGUUCAUCGGCCAGACUACAAUUCCCAGCUUCAUCGCUGAGAUGCGUGAUCCGAGAGAUUUCCCCAAGGCAUUGUGGGCUUGCACCAUGGCUGAGAUUGUCACAUUCAGCGUUGUCGGGUCUGUCAUUUACGUUUACACGGGCAACCAGUACAUGGUCACACCAGCAUUCGGUGUCCUCACUGAUACCUACAAGAAGGUCUCAUAUUCUUUCAUGGUUCCGACCAUCAUUUUCGUCGGGUGCCUUUAUGCAAGUGUCACAGGUCGAUUUGUCUUCUUCAGAAUGUUUAAGGACUCCGAGCAUCUUACCUCGCACACAUUCAAGGGCUGGUUCUGGUGGGGAUUGGUGCUGUUGAUCAGCUGGGCCGCCUCAUUCUUUAUCGCUGAGAUCAUUCCAUUUUUCUCUUCGUUGCUAUCAGUCAUGUCGUCGCUGUUUAAUUGCUGGUUCGGCUUCAUCUUUUGGGCGCUGGCCUACUUCCGCAUGCGCAAUGCAGAUCGUAAGGUCGGAAGAAAGCGAAAUCCCAUUCUGGAUAUUCUUUCAGUAGCAUUAAACGUUGUAAUCAUGUUGACUGGUGCUCUUUACCUCACGCUGGGAACAUACGUCAGUGUGCAGGGUAUCAUAGAUCAAUUCCGUGCAGGACAAGUGAGCAGUGUCUUUUCAUGCAAGAGUAACGGGCUUUGAGGACAAUGGGGGUAUUAAUCUGGCGCUUGGAUUUAGUUUAGCACUUAUAGAUAAUAGAUGGGCAUAUGAUGUUGACGACCGGUUAUUGUUGACUGUAGAGGACUCAUCCCGUGAGGCUG